AUGUCCAAGUCUACUUCAGCGCAAAUGAAUUUCCAGACUUCGAUGUUGUUUCUGAUGUUUUCUACUUUAGUUUUUCAAAUGAUGGUUCAAAUAACUGAUGGCGAUGUCGGCUCCUGCAGUCUCCACAUGUAUUUUUAUGAAACCCGGAGCAGUUGUGAGACUCCUUUUUAUCGGAGACUUCAGCUUGGUCACACAGCCAACUGCAGUGAUAGUUUUGAAAGUCUCAUUAGUUGCAUCAAGAACGUCACUCGCGUUUGUGAACACAGUUGGCGAAGUGAUAAAUGGAUAGACAUGGACGUCAGAUUGAAAUUCAGGAGGCAGUUUUAUUGUCAUGAUGGGGCUUUGAUUCUUCCCAUGGCUUUGUGUAGGAGCGGUUACUACAGAAAAGGUCCGAAAUGCGUGCGAGAGUUCCAUAGGAAGUUUCGAAACGACACCAGUGACCCGUCGCUGUGCGACGAGUACUCAAAGGCUAAGGAUUGUAUAAAGGAUCUUUUAAACUUUGAAUGCCCUGCUAAAAAAGGCUCAGAAUCACCUCUCAUGAAGAUAUCAUUUGACGGCUACAAUCCCUUUUGCCCAAACAGAGUUUAUCGUCCUCUGACUACAGUUACAACACCCACACACAGAACUCAGCAGAAAUAUGAAAAGGUACCGGGACCUACGAUCAAACCGGUUCUUAGCAGAAAAAAAAAUUCUUCCAGCGGUGCGUGCUGCAAUAAACUGUAUUCUGAGCUACAUUUACUGAUUCUAAUUCUUCUUGUGGAGCAAUUUUCAGUUCGGUGUCGAUAGUAACCGGUAAA